AUGGCGGAUUUAGGUUCUCACUCUACGCUUUCUCUCUCUGGAUUUCUCUCUUUACAAACGGAGACUGAAUUAGCAGAAGAUGAUGAUGAAGAUGACGUAAAUGAAUAUGAAUCGUUGGUUGAAGACGAAGGAUAUCUUCAAAAGUUACUUGAUAAAGAGAGAGAUCGGAGUCACAUUGAAUCGCAUGUCAACGAUUGGAUUAAAUCCGCUCGAUCGGAAGCAAUCCAAUGGAUAAUCAACACGAGAACAUUUCUCCGAUUUCGAUUCCGCACCGCAUACUUGUCAGUAACAUACAUUGACCGUUUCCUUUCAAAAGGCCUUAUCAAUAGUGAUAAGCAUUGGGCGAUCCGAUUGCUAUCGGUGGCUUGUUUGUCGUUGGCGGCAAAAAUGGAAGAAAGCAACGCUCCGGCAUUGACUGAGUUUCCGACCGAUGAAUACACCUUCGACAGCAGUGUGAUCCAGAGAAUGGAGCUUCUGGUAUUGACGACGUUGGAUUGGAGGAUGCAUUCAAUCACUCCUUUUGACUUCAUCCGUUGCUUUAUUUCAUGCUUCUGCACAGAAUCUUCAAAGAGACAUUUUGUGUCUCGAACUACACAAAUCCUUUUUGCUACAGUUAUAGAUACAAAUUUAAUGGGACGUCGUUCAUCUACCGUAGCAAUGGCAGCUACAUUGACGGCCAUGGAUCAAAAUUUGACAAGAGAAUCUUUGGAGAUUAAACUGAAGACUACUUGGUUAAAUCGGCUUUUCGAUCAUGAGGAUGUGCAUGCUUGUUAUAGCCGAAUGUUGGAACUUCAAACAAUUGAAGUUAAUGUAUCCAAACCGGAUUUGACACAGAGUUUCGAAAACCMAACGGUGGGAGCAAAAAGGAAAAGACUGACGUUUACCGAAUGCGAAGAGCCGUCAAACCGGUAA